AUGGUCAAAGUAGCGAAUGCUGGUGGCUCAAGCAGCAUCGACAAAGCCAUUUUCGAUGCCAUUGAGAAACUCGGAGUCGACAAUGCCAUCAUCUUGGGGCGGAAGAAAACUGACGAUUCCAAACUACUCGUUGUCGACUACACGAGCAUCGAAAGUCUCACGAAGGUCCUCGACACACAUCAGGUUCAGACGGUUGUCUCGACCGUAUCAAUCGCUGAUGAUGCCAGCGGCAUGGCUCAAAUGAACCUCAUCGAGGCUGCUGUUGCAUGCCAACAUACCAAACGCUUCAUGCCUAGCGAGUUUGGGGCCAACUAUGACGACGAGUUUGUUCUUCCCUCCUCCUUGUUUUCUGCUACUCAUCUUAAUGUUGCUUCUUCUAGGUUCAUUCGCGACAUUCCGACUUACGCGUGGAAGUUCAAGGCGGUUGACCGUCUAAAGGAGACUGAUCUUGAAUACACACAGUUCUCGAACGGAAUGUUCAUGGACGACUGGCUCGCGCCACGCAUCGAGUUCGCAUUUCGACUCAAUCUUCCAUGCUGGAUCGACCUUGACAACCACGUUGCAGCCAUCCCCGGUGACGGGAAUCACCCCAUAGUGUUGACUCACUCGCGCGAUAUCGGGCGCUUCGUUGCAGCACUGUUGGGUCUCCCUCGCUGGGAGCGCAGGUACUACCUGGCUGGAGAUAGGGUGACGGUUAAUGAAUUUGUUGCCAUUGCCGAAGAAACCAGCGGUGCGAUAUUUGAAAAGAAAUAUGACAAGCUGGAUGUGCUGCGAGAGGGUAACUGCACCCCGCUUCCGGCGUGGGAGGGAAAGAUUCCAUCGGCAUGUAAGAGUACUGUUAUGCAACAGGUCGCGCUUUCUGGGAAGAGAGUUGCGCAAGGUAAGAUGGAUUUGCCGACGGAGGGCCGGGUUAACAGUCUUUUUCCGGAGAUGACAACUCUAACCGUUCGAGAGGCACUGCAAAUUUACUAUGGACAAUAA